CUCCUGUUACAGAAGUACAACCAGAAGUAGAUGCUUAGCUUCGUCUUUUCGUCUUCAAUACGUCUAUUUCUAAGGACUCUGGGACCUGUUGGUCGUCUUGGUGUUCGUACAAUGGCGAGUAAAGUUGAGAUCAGUUGUCUUAUGCAACCGGAUCAUGCCAAUCUUGGAGGUAACGUUCAUGGAGGUACAAUACUACAGAUGAUUGAGCAGGCAGGAUGGAUAUCUGCAACGAGACACUGCAACUCUAUGCGGAAGGAUGCUGAUGCUGUUGGUAGCGACAGUGCUGCUGUAACCGCGGCUCUGGUUCGAUUAGAGCACAUAGAUUUCAUGAAACCGAUGCACAUAGGAAACAUUGCUACGCUAGACGCUGUAGUGGCAUACACUUCUUCUCGGUCUCUGAUGGUUGAGGUCACUGUGUAUGCAGAGAAUGUGUUUGAAACCACUAAACUUGUAACAAACAGAGCAACUCUAUGGUAUGUGGCAGUGACUGUAUCAGGAAAAGAGUCUGGGGCACUGAAGGUUAUGCCCGUACCUGAGAUACCUGGUCAGAGUGAUGAAGAGAAGGGAAAAGGUCGAAGGUUGUAUUUAGCACAAAGGGCCGACAGAGCAGAGCACCCUGAAAUGGAGCCGCAAGAGGUGUUUUGCAUUAGUGAAGAUGUUCGUAAGAAAGCUGAACCUCACACAGUCAGUUCAUCAAUAUCUACAUUAAGUCAAGUUAUAGGAUCAUCAGACUGUGUUCAACCCAACAACACAGCUUUGGGUGGUGUUAUAAUGAAGCUAAUGGACACAGUGGCUGGAAUUGUUGCAUAUCGUCACUGUCAUACUAAUGUUGUCACUGCCUGUAUAGAUGCCAUCAAUUUUCACAGGCCUGUUUACAGGGGAGAUGUGGUCACUGUGCUGGGGCGCCUGCUGUUUACAAGCCAACGUUCAAUGAUAAUUGAAGUGCUGGUGAUGCGGGAGAACUUACGUAGUGGCAAGAAAGAGCAUACAACUAGUGCAUUUUUCACAUUUGUUUCAUUGGAUAUAAUAUCUUGUAGACCGCUUAAGGUCCCACCAUUGAUUAUAACAAAUGAUGAAGAGAAAGUCAAUUAUGAAAGAGGCAGACUAAGAUAUGAGGCAGCCAAGCUGGCAAGGAAGCACUAAGACUGAAAUGUGUGGACGUACUCUAGUUGGAGAGAGUUUUUAGUCAUGUUACUGUUUUGUGAUUACAAAGAAGCGUUUUGUCAUACAUCAUACAGUUACUGACUGUUGUUGUUAGUAACUGAUUGUUGUAGAUGGUUAGUGGUUGAUCCAGGGAAGGUUGAAUUUGUAAAACACUUGUGGACAUUUCAAGUAUAAAAGGCUGUACACAUACCAUUGUCAGAUAAAAUGAAAAGUAGUUAAAGCUUU